GUCCCCGUUAGCAAACAUGUCGAGGCUAAGAGAAUAUAAACCGGCUCCUUUGGCCACACUUCCAAAAACAUUAGACCCGGACGAGUAUUACAAUCUUUCCCCCGAGUACCGGCGGGCGGAGGAGGAGCGGACGGCUCUGCGGUCUCAGAUGAAGAGACAGUACCAGAUGCAGCUCAACAACCCCUACCGCAAAGAGCUGAUUGAAGACCCUGCCCUUACCAGGUGGCUGCAUGCACGUAAUAUCGUGUACCCGCAUUUCAGACCAUCUACUAAAUCAUCACUGAUUGGCGUGGCUUUUGGAGCUUUACCUCUGGUGCUCUUGUACUUUGUGUUGAAGACAGACAGGGACAAAAGGGAUUCCAAAAUAGAUGCCGGGACUUAUAAACGCCCCUUUAAACUGUCAUCCUAAAAUUCUCAGUUCGCUGUUUCUUGCAACAAACAGUACUUGUAAUUAUAUAUUAAACACCUUAUUGUUGAAACGUCAUUACUAUUAUUAAAGAAAAAGGAAAAGCA